GAAGCAGUGUCGCUGCCCGCACGGGGACUAUCCUGUGCAAAAGUAUCGUAUUCGUAUUGCAAUCAUGCAUUACAAAUCCUUCUGUUAAGUCAAAUCCGCAUUACAAAUUUUAUUUCUCAUCCUGAGGAAAUUUGUAAUGCAUUUAUACGAGCAGUACGCUACGAUACUUUUGCAAUGCAUAGGGAUCCUCAUUCAAGCACCUGCCCGGCGCACGAUGACGUUUCUUGCGAUCCGAAUUCCUGCUCGGGGGCUAAGUGGCGAUCUAAACUGAAUUUUCCCGCCAACGGCCUAUCUGCGUGCUACCCCAAAUGCGGCACCGCCGCGAAUCAGAAUUGCGGGAAGACUAUCAAGUGUAAAAAUGUCUGGGUCUGGAAAAGAAGUGCCAGGUUUGUCAUGCAUAUUUUCCAUGACCCAUGAUGUCUGUGAUGCAUGCCCUAGCAUCAGAGAUUCUGCGAGGGCUCCCUGAUGCUCGUCCCGCAUGAGAAAUUCCCUCUCCGCGUAGCAAAGAGUGCGUCUCUUUUGCUGUUCAUGCAAUACAGAUCUUAUGUAGAGAGCAAAGGUAGCAUCACAAGUUACAACCUUCCAGACCGAGACAUAUUUGCAAUGCAUAAAGACAAACGGCGUGCAUUUCAUUCCCUCCUCGAAUGAGAAUGCGUACUGUAGUAUCCUGAGCAAAAAUGUCCCCACCCCAGAGUUGUCAUGCAAAUCUGCAUGCGAAAAAAGUCUCUCAUCCGGAGCCCCAUGAGAGCCAUUUUGUAGUGGUGUUUCGGUAUUUGUGAUGCUAGAAUCAGCAUGACGCGCUAGAUCUGUGAUGCUUCGGAACUAGCUAAACAGGACUACACUACAAGGACAAAUUUGUCGUGCGAAACAACCAAAGCUGGUUGAUUUGUCUAGCCGAUCUCCCAUGCCCACUCUGGUGUGGGGACGUUUUUACACAGGAUAUGUAGUGGUCUUUCUGCCGCCCAAGAAAAUGCACUUCUCCUGGAUGGCAGCAGCUACCCGACGGCGGCCUGUCGCGAGAGCUGUUGCGCACAGGGCUGCAAGAUACCAACCCUUGCGAACCUGAAAAAGAUCAACCAGGGCCAGGCUUGGUCAGGAUGGGCGCAGGAGCUGGGAACGAGCAAAUUUGCGGUGAACCCGAACGGAGCGAAAAAAUCCAUCAGCGGUGUCACUUGCAACGCUGGGCGGUG